UUUUCAGCGCUGGGUAGGUCAUACUGGAGUUGCUGCGACACCGGGGACAUGAUUCGACCAAGCCAAUAGGCCGCGGACGCGAUGCCGGACCGGUUCCAACCCCAGCGCUUCGUGAGGCGGUGGACCGAGCCGUCGCUUGCCCCCGUGAAGCUAAUUAAGGGGGGCUUACUUGGUGAUGAACGGAACAGAGGGAACCGCUCGAGGACGGGCACCGCGCCGGAUGAAGUGCCCCUCCGUCGCCUCCCUGUGGCCUGCCGCCCCUCCCCCGCACCACGUCACCGCCACCGUCGCCCUCCCCCACCCGGCCGCCGCCCUCUACACCGGCGGAUCCGAUGGCUCCAUCGUCUGGUGGAGCCUCUCCGCCGGGCGCGAGAUCCGCCCCGUGGCCUUGCUCUGUGGCCACGCCGCGCCUAUUUCCGACCUCGCCGCCUGCUCGCCCGCCGGGUCCAGCCUGCCCGCCUCCGCCGCGCUGCUGAGCGCCUGCGCCGAUGGCGUGCUCUGCGUCUGGACUGCCGGGAGCGGCCGCUGCCGCCGCCGAAGAAAACUGCCGCCGUGGUCGGGGACGCCGUUGCUGCUGUCUCCGCUGCCUUUGUCCCCGCGGUACGUUUGCGUCUUUUGCACCUCCGCUGACUCCGCCGGCCACCAUGCGAAUGAAGGCCCGAAGUGCGUGGUGGUCGUGGUCGACUCGUGGUCGCUGAACGUGUUGCGGACCGUCUUCCACGGGGGCCUGCCUAUUGGUCCAGUGAAGUCGAUGGUGGUGGUUCCGGUGGCGGAGGAUGGAGGAAAGAAGAGGCAAGAUGCCAUCUUGGUUGACGGACAUGGAAAGACAAAGUUCUUGAUGGUCUCAGAGAGCGAUGAUGAUGAUCAAGAAGGCACCAUUCUCCAAAGAGGCUCGUCUUUGGAGGCCGUUCCGUCUGUUUCCGGGGAGACUUCUGAAGCUCAAGCAACAGCAGUGGCGGUUACCGGUGAUGGGAAGCUCUUAGCUCUCGUACUGGAGAAUUACUGUGUUUUCAAGUCGGUAAACGAUGGUGUCACUGUCGGCGAGAUCUAUUUAGAUGGUAGUCCCCUCUGCAAUGAGAAUUAUACUAAGAAGUCUCAGCUGGUGGGAGGAAUGUUUCUCAAGAAAGACAUCGAGCACAGUGCAACAGAGCCUGAGGAUUUGGCUGAUGGUUCUGCCUGGAGCUUUUUUCUUUGGAGUACUAGCGGGGCUGGAGUGGUGUACAUGGUAUCACUCUCGGGAGUUACAUUCAAGUUUGAGCCUCUCUGCAAGGUUCCGGCAACACUUGUUGUUCCCGGUGAGAAAGGAUCAGCUUAUUUCUGUCAAAUAAAUCGUUGUCUUGUUCGCACAGAAUCACUUUGUUUCUCAGUUGGUGGGGCGUUACUAUGGAAACCUUAUGUCACAAAAUGGUCAAUUGCAAAAUUGGAAGCAAUCCUAGAUGAUAAUCCUUGUAGCCUUUUUGUAGCCAAUUUGCUUGGGGAAGGGGGUUUUGCAGGGGAUACAGUUGGGAAGCUCUCAUGUUCUGUGUAUGAGGCAGGAGAGAGUACAGAGAAAAACAUCCAGCACAGCUACUUCGGACACACCAGUGGUUUGAAUGUUGAGUGUGGUGAUGACAGCCAUAACUUUUUUGGAUCAAACGAUCAAAUUGUGUCAUCUUCAAUGGUCCUUUCUGAAGACUUCUUUGGUCCAUAUGCUGUAGUUUAUGGUUUCUAUAGUGGUCAGAUACAAAUACUUCAAUUUAUUAAUGUGUUCCGUGAGGUGAAUUCUGAUCCAGGAAGUACUAAUUACCAGAAUUAUCUACAAACUUCUGAACGUUUCUUCACAGGGCACACAGGUUCAGUUCUUUGUUUGGCUGCACAUCGUAUGAUUGCACAUUCAGAAGCGGAUUCUUUUCAUCAUAUUUUGAUAUCGGGAAGUAUGGACUGUACCAUCCGGAUAUGGAAUAUGGAUACUGGUAAUCUUGUUUCAGUAAUGCACCACCAUGUAGCUCCUGUUAGGCAAAUUAUAUUGCCGCCACCCUGGACUUAUCAUCCUUGGAAUGAUUGCUUUUUAUCUGUUGGGGAGGAUUGUUGCGUAGCCCUUAUUUCACUGGAGGCGUUGGGUGUUGAAAGAAUGUUUCCUGGACAUCCCAGCUAUCCUUCGAUGGUUGCAUGGGAUAGCACAAAAGGCUACAUAGCUUGUCUGUGCAAAAACCUCCAAUCAUCAUCAGAUGCUGUCACUGUAUUAUAUCUUUGGGAUGUGAAAACAGGUGCUCGAGAGCGAAUUAUUAGGGGUACGGCUUCUCAUUUAAUGUUUGAUCAUUUCUGUAGAGGCAUCCACAAAAACUCUAUUACAGGCAGCAUAUUGGGCGGUACAACUUCAGCAUCUUCAUUGCUCCUUUCAGCUCCUAAAGAUGCAAUAAUUUCACAAUCCCAUGCAGCAAAAUUAGAGACUGGUGUGAACUUGUCUAAAGUUGGUAUAUCUCAUAGAAGCAUGGGUUCCUUGGACAUGAGCACCAUUCAGGCAGAGCACACUAGGGGAAAGGUACCACUUUUGGUACCUUCGCCAGAUUCAUAUAAUCAUGAUUUAGCUAGAAAUAGUUUUAAGAGGCGAGCAAAAUCACAAAGGUUCAAUGAAAAGAAGAAGCAUCCUGUGAAAUGUUAUUGCCCAUUCCCAGGAAUUGCAGUGUUGAAGUUUGACCUUUCAUGUCUUAUGUCUCCGCUCUCUAAACAAAACAGUGAUAAGCAGGUGAAUAUUCACCUUCCUGAACUUGAUCCCAAGGAACCAGGUUUUCAGUAUAGAGGUUCUAGUUUUGAUUCCCAAGGACUUGAAAACUGUCUUGUUAAAGGAUCACUUGAAGGGUAUUUACUUAGAUUCAGCUUAUGUUUUCUACAUUUAUGGGGUGUUGAUCAGGAGUUAGACAAAUUACUAAUGCAUGAAAUGAGUGUUUGUAAACCAGAAGGUUGUCAUAUAGGUUCUGGACUAAUUGGGGAUAGAGGAUCCCUGACACUGAUGUUCCCUGGCUUGAGUGCUACUCUAGAGCUUUGGAAGGCCUCAUCAGAGUUCUGUGCGAUGAGGUCUUUAUCAAUAGUUUCUCUUGCACAGCGCAUGAUCACUGUAUCCCAAACUUGUACGACAGCUAGCAGUGCCUUGGCAGCAUUCUAUACUCGAAACUUUGCAGAGAAAGUUCCAGACAUAAAGCCUCCUUUACUCCAGCUUUUGGCAAGUUUUUGGCAAGAUCCAAGCGAACAUGUCCGCAUGGCUGCACGUUCUUUGUUCCAUUGCUCUGCACCACGUGCUGUCCCAUAUCCUCUCUAUUGUCAGAAAAUGAUAGUUCCUGAAAUUUCUUCAAGUUCUUCUGGUGUUGUUUCUAAUGCGAGCAAUGGAUAUUCAAGUGGCUACACAGACUCAAACAGAUCCAUGCAUAGUACUAUGAGUGUUGAUUCUGAAGUAUCCUCAAUGAUUUCAUGGCUGGAAUCAUUUGAAUUUCAAGAAUGGAUUUUGUGGAUUGGAGGAACAAGUCAGGACGUGAUUGCUUCAAACAUCAUAGUUGCAGCAGCUUUAGUUGUUUGGUACCCAAGCAUAGUGAAGAAUACUCUUCCCAAGCUGGUUGUAAAUCAACUAGUUAAGUUGGUUAUGCCAACAAAUGAUCGGUACAGUUCAACUGCAGCGGAGCUUCUGGCAGAGGGGAUGGAAAAUACAUGGAAAUUUUGCUUGGGUUCUGAGAUUCCUCGUCUUGUUGGGGAUAUAUUUUUUCAAAUUGAAUGCCUAAGUGGCACCACAGCAAAUAAAGCUAAACAAAAUCCAGCAGUAGCUGUUACUAUUCGGGAGGCUUUAGUUGAAAUUCUUCUACCAAGCUUAGCGAUGGCUGAUAUUGCAGGAUAUUUAAAUGUAAUAGAAGGCCAAUUAUGGGCUACUUCCUCAGAUUCACCGAUUCAUAUUGUCUCACUAAAGACUCUCAUCAGAUUAGUACGUGGCUCUCCAAAGCCCCUAGCAUUAUAUCUUGAUAAGGUAGUACACUAUAUCUUACAAACUAUGGACCCUGGCAACUUGGUCAUGCGCAAGGCUUGUCUUAAUAGCUCCAUGAUUGCUUUAAGAGAAGUUGCACGCGUAUUUCCAAUGAUUGCUUUAAAUGAAACUUCUACACGACUGGCUGUUGGGGAUGCUAUUGGAGAUAUAAGCACUGCUACUAUUCGAGUAUAUGAUAUAGACAGUGUUUCAAAAAUAAAGGUUUUGGAUGCUAGUGGACCACCAGGUCUUCCAAGCUUACUUGAAGAAUCAUCGAAGUCGAGGAUUACUACAGUGAUCACAGCUUUGACGUUUUCACCAGAUGGAGAGGGGCUAGUUGCUUUCUCCGAGAAUGGAUUAAUGAUCAGAUGGUGGUCUCUGGGAACUGCUUGGUGGGAGAAGCUCAGCAGAAGUCUUGUUCCUGUCCAAUGCACCAAACUCAUUUUUGUUCCUCCAGAAGGAUUUUCACCAAGUUCUUCUCGCUCAAGCAUGAUUGCCACCAUAAUCGGGAAUGAUAAACGGGGCAAUUCUCCGGAUAAGAUAAAGGAACUAGAUGAUGUUGACGUGCUAAAGCUCUUAACUCACAGUCUCGAUCUUUCAUACCGGCUUCAGUGGGUCGGCGGAAAGAAGGUUGCACUUAUCCGCCACGGUCAGGAGUUGGGAACAUUUCAGUUGUGAUACAAAUCUUAUUCAGUGAUUGAGAUGGGGCCAUACGCUGAUGACAGUGGUCAAACGACAAGGUACAUCUCCUAUGCAGUUGCAUUCUGGAUUGGUCCACGGGUCAUCAAAUGACAACCUACUCUCAGACCCAUACAGAACCUUUCAUCUGAUCACCAAAUCCAAUUUUUCCAUAAGAGAUCUAUUUGGGAUCUUUACAUUGUGUGGUUCUGUCUGAGAUUUACUUACUUCUAGCUGAAGAACCAGUGCCAUUGAUCUCAUCGCGAGCCGUGCCAGCAACAUCUCAUAAAGGUGUAGUUGCAGACCAUAGAUUUGUGCAAUAUGGUAGAUUUGCUUGUUCUGUUUUCCCAUACCCUUUUUAUAUGACAUGGGAAAGGAAUUAUGAAGAAGGAUUUGCCUCAGUAGAGUUUCAUUGGUGUGUAUGUUCUUUAUUAUUACCUGGUGUCACUUGCUCCAAUAAGAUGUACCUUCCAGUUUCUGAAUAAUUUACCUUGCUUUCUUUUUUCU